AUGGGUUGCUGUCCCCAAGACUGCUUCAACUGCUGUGGCGGCUGCCAACAAGACCAGUCCGAGGACUGCUGUGAGGUGUGCUGCUGCCAACCCAGCUGCUGUGGCUGCUGUGGGUCCAGUUGCUGCGGUGGCUCUGGCUGUGGUAGCUCCGGCUGUGGUGGCUCCAGUUGCUGUGGCUCUGGCUGUGGGGGAUAUGGAUCCGGUUGCUGUGGGGGGUCCGGUUGCUGUGGGGGGUCCGGUUGCUGUGGUGGGUCCGGGUGCUGUGGGUGCUGCUGUGGGCCAGUUUGUUGCCAACCAGCACCUGUGUGUGACACGAAAUGA